AUGCAGGAAAAGACCAGGAGAUUACAUGUUGUCGCGGAAUAUACAGGCCUGAAAAUUAAUGUUGAAAAAACAAAUAGCAUGAGGAUAAAUGGGAAGAAGAAGGAUGUCAUCUGGUUAAAUGAUAAGGAGAUAGAGGAGGUCGAUACAUUUCUCUUCCUGGAUGCCACAAUGGACAAAACCGGAGGAACUGAGGCAGAUAUUGGGAGAAGGUUAGGCUUAGCCAGGACCACCUUUGUAUCCCUUGCCAAGAACAACAGAAAAAAGAUGACGAAAAGCUUGAUACGUUCCAUCGAAAAUGCCUUAGGAGCUAGGAUCCUUAAAAUACACUGGCCCGAAAAGAUAACUAACCAACAGCUAUAUGAAAGGACGAGAUCCAUACCUCUACCAAGCACCAUCAAAAGAAAGAGAUGGAGAUGGAUAGGCCAUAUCCUCCGAAGGGAAGAGAAUUCACACGUUAGAACAGCUCUCACAUGGGCCCCUGAGGAAAAGAGACAAAGACGACGGCCAAAGAACACCUGGCGACGCUCUGUUGAGAGAGAAAGGGAAGAAAUGGGCUUGGACAGCUGGAAGGAGGGGCAGGUUGUUGCAAGUGACCGCCGUAAGUGGCGUUCUUUGUUGAACGGCCUCAUGCGUCCUCCGGAGCAAGGAGAAGAUAAGGAGUUCAAUAAAUAA